GGUUGGUUCCCAUUUGUUUGGUCAAAUUUGGAGGCAUAGGCAACGUUUAUGGUCCGUAUUGCAACAAGAAAUAUGAGGCCCUCCGUAUUUUCAUGUCAUGUGCGUCCAUUACUCCACUUGAGCCAUGAGCCCACGGGCUGGACCCCAACACGGUGACCGAACCGAUUUCGCUUUCUUGCAGAGCGGAGCUCUCUCACAUUCCAUACAAGGACAACUCAGAUACCCACAAUUAAUGGUGGCCUUGACUCCUCGGGGGACCCUCGGAAUCUCUGUUGAGCAAUCAAUCUGUGGUUAGGUCCAACGACUCUUACGUGGUGUACACCAAAUGGGCCAGCGUCGAUAAGGCAGCACUCCCUGGAUUUCGUUUGACGUAUACAGGGCCUUAGCGCCAAAUACCCACAGCCAACCAAUGGAGUCUCUAAUAAUCUUCUCUGCAACUCUGCAAAUGGGUAUGGGUGUUGUUUGAGAUGACUCUGCUUAUCGAGAGAUGUGGUUAUCUCCUCAUUGAAUGACACAUAUGGCUGUAACUCCAAUAUGUUCAAAUGUUUUUUACAAGGAUAACGCCCUUCCUACUUUAAAAUCAAUAAGGGAGGAGAGAAGUAUCACAGGUGAAUGCUUUGCUGUUCAAGAGGCAUGUAGGUGCUUUUUAUCAUUUUCUGGUGAUACAGGAAGGAGAUGGCAUGAAAGAUAUAAUAUCACCAAUUUCUGUAUGAAAGCAAAGAAAAUGCAAGGAGAUAAUGCAUUUCACAUGGUUCAUAGAAGGAAGCUCAUGCUAUCUCAGAGAAUCAUUAAAUUAUCUAGUCUACAUAAUGUCUAUGGCAUAGAAACUGAGAAAGUAUCUACUUCAAAAGAUGCUUCACAAAGAGAUAUGUCAUGUAAGGUUGCACAUGAAUCAGAACCAAGUACUAAUGGGAGGCACUUGAAAGCAUUGGAAUCUUAUUUUAGUAAGCUUCAAAACGAAGCUAAGUACCAAAAUACUUCUCUGUCUUCAAGUGAUUUUGAAACUACAAACAGUACUGAAGAACAUAAAUUGGAACUUUCUUCAAAAUUUCCUGACAAAGUGACAAAAUCACAUGGUGAGAGUGACCAGUUAAAAGCAAAGAAAGAGUUGGGCUCUCUAGAAAAUUAUCUCAGCAGACUUAAUAAGACAGCAGUAGAGCCACAGAAUAUUUCAUCUGGUCUUGAUGAUGAACCUGCUGAAAGUAAUCCGAUAAGAUCAACAUAUUACUUUAAUAGAAAGAAUGAAUUAAAUGAAGACAGAAAGUUGCAAAAUCUAACGCAGUUAGUAACCAAUGAUGCCAAGAGUAGUUCAAAGGAUUCUCAAGGCCUACAAUCAUAUGAUGAAACAUCUGAUCUUUAUUUAAUAUGCAUGCUGGCUUCUAUAAACAUAGCAGUGUUUAUUUUUGAGCUAGCAAGUCCAAUUAAGACUUCUGAUCUAGAGCUCUUCUCUCUUCCUUUAUUAUAUGGAGCCAAGAUAAAUGAAUUGAUUCUGGUUGGAGAGUGGUGGAGGCUAGUUACACCAAUGUUUCUGCACACUGGAUUUCUUCAUGUUUUUCUUGGUGUCUGGGUUCUUCUUACAUUUGGGCCUCAAGUCUGUAAAGGAUAUGGUUCGUUUACAUUUUUGUUGAUAUAUAUACUUGGAGGGGUUUCUGGAAAUUUGAUAAGUUUCAUUCACACACCAGAGCCAACUGUAGGUGGGACAGGUCCCGUCUUUGCCAUAAUUGGAUCUUGGCUGAUCUAUCAAAUCCAAAACAAAGAUAUACUUGCAAAGGAGGUGUUAGAAGGCUUGUUUAGGAAGGCAGUAAUUGCAACUGGUCUUGGAUUUGUGUUGAGCAAUUUUGGACCAAUUGAUGAAUGGAUGCAUUUUGGGGCAGCUUGUAUAGGCAUUGUUUAUGGCUUUUUCACAUGUCCAACUCUGGAACUGGAUAAUGAAUCUUCGAAGAUGAGUCAAGAAAAGGGAAUUGCAGUUGUUAGACAAUAUGUGAACCCUUGUAAAUCACUAAUCACAUUUGCCCUCUUCAUUGUGGUUUUGUGCUCUUUGGUUUUUCUUCUUGAACCUCCACUUAAUACAUUGGAAAUUGAAAGCCUUGAGUAAAGAGAGGUAUAUGAGUAUGCUAAUAUCUUCAAUUUCAUGUAAGAUGUGUGAAAGCCUUGUAGAUAUAGAAUAAUGUCCUUGCUUUUUUGUAUGUUGCCUGUUUCACAUGCUACUUUGAGAAAGAACCUGAAAAUCAUUACUUUCAAGUGAGUUUCUCUUUUUUACUUUUUUUAA